CAAUCCCUCACAGCCAGCCUGAGCUAGACAGCAAACUUUUCCCUCUCAGCACAGUUGGAGCCAAUGCAGUCUGACUCCACCUCAGCUCCAGUGCGCUCGCCUCCUCUCUGCGCACAGAAGGGCAUUUUACACCGACAGGAGACAAUAUGGGAAAACCACCCCAGGAGGGCUCAGAAGAGCCAUUCAAAAUCCAAGAUGCGGAAACUUCUAAAGCCCAGAAGGCACCUGGCAGAAGAUACAAGGUCUGCGGGGUGCUGUUCUGCAUCUUGGUCCUCUCUCUCAUCCUGACAUUUCUUGGUGUCCACUAUUUUUGGAACCUACCGCCCCACAAAAUUUAUGACAUGGAGCACACCUUCUUCAGCCAAGGGGAGAUGCAAAAGAUAUUAAUGAAAAUUGACCCUCUCAGUGGGACAGAGAUUUUUCAAAGUGGAAAGGGCAAUGAAGAAGUUCUGGAAAUCCAUGACUUCAAAAAUGGAAUAACCGGCAUCUUUUUCGUGGGGGACCCUAAAUGCUUCAUCAGAAGUCAAAUGAAAGGGAUACCCAAAAUGUCCGAAGUGGAGGAGGAGGAGCCUGAGGGCGAGGAAGUGACCACCUAUUUCGAACAAUCAGUGGUCUGGGUUCCCAGGGAGGAGCCUAUUGACAACAAAGACUUCCUGGAGAAUUCCAAGAUUUUUGACCUCUGCAAAAAUGUGACUACGUACUGGAUCCACCCAACCUUGCUAACAGAACCAGAGCCCCUCGACUUUGAAAAUGAAGGCGAGGCCGAUGAUCAGUUUCUUGCAAACAGGCUAGGGCAGGAGGAAAUGAGAGAGAAUCGUUUGGCUAAGCAUGCAAGAGCGAGCCCCAGACGUCAAGCCCGCCAACUUACUGAACAGGACUUACCUGUGAACGACUACACUGAAAAUGGGCUCGAGUUCCACUCCAUGUGGGAUGCAAGAGGAUACUGCUGCGCCCGCUGCCGCCGCGCCCAUCGAUACUGCCGGAGGGUGUGUGAGCCUCUGCUGGGAUAUUACCCGUACCCCUACUGUUAUCAAGGAGGGAGAGUUAUUUGCCGUGUAAUCAUGCCCUGUAACUGGUGGAUUGCGCGGAUGUUGGGGCGAGUGUAAACCCCUGGGGCAAGCAACUCUGGCACAAAACACACCGCCAUUCAGGAGACACACAUAGCCCAGAUCCCAGAGGCACAUGUGUGCUACCAACAUUCUAGCUCCCGUUACCAUGAUUUGAUGGAAGCCACACUGAAAUUAAUGAGAGUGGUACUACACGCCUUCUUAGUGCCCGUCAACAGGCCCCUACCAAAAGGGCAGGGGCUCUGCUAGAGCCUCCUCUCCCGAGAUAGCUUUUAAUGCCUAAACAGUAGUUGGAACUUGGAUGAUUAGAUGUAAUUUAGAGGGGAAAACUCAAGUCAGUCCUAAGAAACCAAGUUAUUGUUGUGCUCCAGAAAGCAUUUGAUGCCCGAGAUCUUCCAGAAUCAUUCUUUCCCAGAAAAUAAUUAUGCUAAGUCUCCUUUAUAGAUAAGGUAUCUCCUGCAGAAGACAUGUGAAAUGACCACAGCCUGCAUUAAGUGUUAUAUUGUACUGAAAAGACAUCAGGUGUACCUUUAUCCAGCAUACAUUUUCUGGAGCACAUCAAUAAAUGGGUUUCGGAGAAGCUCUUUAAAGUCUGCUUCAUAUGCCCGUCCCCUUUCUGAUUGUGGGGCAAAAAAGUAUCACCGUCUCUCCCCCGGUCCCAUCACUACUAAUGUCUUGAAAUACUUCCCUGCAGUAAGGUGAACAGACAGCAGCUUAGAAUCAUAGAGUUGGAAGAGACCCCAAGGGCCAUCAAGUCCAACCCUCUGCAAUGCAGGAACACAUAAUUCAAGCGCUCCUGACAGAUGGCCAUCCUGCCUCUGUUUAAA